AUGACGAUGAUAGCAGUUCAAGGAGUGAGUUUGAUAAACAAGAAGGUCUCUAAGCACGACUCAAUCAGCGAUGAAACGUCCAAGGCAAACAAGGCCGGACAGACGCUAGGGGUACCAGAGAAGAGCGCCAGACCUCGCUCGAAAUCCGACUCGAGCCUACAACCAAUGAAGACCGAGAAGGAUCGGGCUGACAGCCUUCGCACUGCGGUGGAGAAGAACAAGCCAGAAGAGGUCGAGGAAGCACUGAAACAAGGGGCGUCGGUCGAGAGCAUCAUGAACAAGCGGCAAGGUCGCCCCCUGCAUGUAGCUGCCAGUAAAGGCUUUGUGGGAAUCCUCGACAAACUCUUGCUUCGUGGCGCGAAGGUCAAUGCGUUGAAUGCAGACGGAGCAACGCCUUUGAUCGCCGCGUUGGACUUCGGUCAGGUAACCACGUCCCUGAUCCUGAUCGGAAGCGGAGCAAAGAUUUCGCCCAGGGCCAAGGGUGGUGAAUCGGCUGUUCAGUUUGCUGCGAGGCGCAAUCUUCUGCUGCCUCUGCAAUGCCUACUCAAGUCCGGCGCUGACGCCAAUGAAGCAGACGACGAGGGCUUGACACCACUCAUCAAGGCUGCAGGUGGGAGGGAUGCGGAUGGACAAAGCCUUGAGGUCAACAUGGAGAUAUUGCGCACCCUGCUCGAUGCAGGGGCUGAUCCUACGAUAGGGAGCGUCGAGGCUGGGAGGACGCCCGGCAGCCGGUUGGUGGCGAGUCCCUUACACAUCCUUGCUCGAGCGGACCACUCCACAGCCCUUGACCUGCUUGCGGAGAAGGCCGGUACGCUGGACGUGCAUGCCGGUCUCGAGUACUACCACGUCGGAGCCACUCCGUUGUAUGUGGCAGCUUUCUACGGAAAACGAAAAUUUGUCAGUGUGCUGCUGAAGCGCGGCGCAAAGGUCGACGAGCGAUGCCUCCCAGCAGCCGACCUGCCCAAUGCACUCUGGGCAGCGUUGCAUACCGGGCAUUUCGACACAGCGGCCGAACUGCUCGAAAAUGGAGCGGAUCCGAACAGCCAAGGCAGCGAAGACGUCCGGAAUGUGUACCUGCAUACGGCGGCCGAAGCUGGCUCAGAGACGGCUAUCAAGCUGCUGCUUGAGCACGGGGCGAAUGUCGACGCAAAGGACGCCAAAGGUCAGACCCCUUUCUCACGCGCCAUGUGGAAGGUACAGUACGCAGCUGCCCAGCUUCUCCUCGACAAAGGCGCCGAUAUGGACGCCAUAGAUAACCGAAAGCGAACUGCUCUCAUGUAUGCGGCGGCUUACGGCGAACUACGCGCCAUCCACUACCUCUGCAGUAAGGGGGCCAAACCCCAAAGAACCGACGACCGGGGCGAAAGCGCGUUUAUGCUGGCAGUUGCGUUCGGCCAUGCGGACUGCGCUGCCUACCUGCUUGCUCUUGGAGCCGACGUCGAGAAGAAAGCAGUCGGUGGAGCCACGGAGCUCAGAGAACCUUUCAAAGCUGUUGGCACCGCUGAGAAAGUGGCGAAGACUCACGGGAAUGACGAGAUCGCCGAUUGCUGGCUUCAGUGA